GAUAUCUCGAUAUAAUCGAAAUGCUAACAUUUUUUGAUAAUGUAGUCUCUGACAUUUUUGUCCUACAUAAACCAUUAGCCAAAAUUGUUUACUUCAACACGAUCACACAAUUUAUUUGUUAAAAAUGACAGUUAAUCCCUUAUUUUCCUUUCUGAUUUUCACCAUAUUCCUGUUUAACUUCGGUACACCAUUUUUUCAAGACUUAGCUGUAUGUGGCGACUGCACUGAGCAAAACAAAGGAAAGUGCAUAAUUGAGGGUGAACCGGGAUAUUUUGUUAGUAGAGGGUUAUUUGGAAUGUCAAACCCAAAUUCUGAGAUGGAUAUGACACCCUCCGAUUUUCCUCCGCAAACCCUUAACAUGAGCAAAUGUAUACCUGACGGCUUGGCUAUUAGCGCUCCUGUUUCUUAUGAAUACAUAUGCGUUUGGUCAGAGGAAUACGGUUGUCAAGUUAUAGUCCCUAAGUCAGGUGACAAAGUUGACUGUGCCCUUUGCUAUUCCCGAGGUCCAGACGUCGAUUGUCCGUGUGUGGACUUGUCAAGUAAACUUAAAGCCGGAUCCGAUCAAAUUCGCUCUAUCUCUUAUCUGGUUAUAGUUGGUGCAUGUGUUGUGAGUCUGGUAACUUACCUUUGGAAGUAACGCAGUUUUGCUUUGGUUAUGAUUUCUGGAAUUAUUUUUGAUUAGCAUUCAAUAAAUCAUUGCCGAUUGUUAGGUUCAAU